AUGAGUGAAAGUCCCGAAAUACCUGACGAGAUCAUUGAGUGCUUCAGACCAAAAGUUUUUCGCGGCAAAUACGGGACCCUAUCGAAAUUUUUUCUUCAGCUUAAGACCUUUGAGCGCCUCUUUCCUACCGUGCUCGUAGAGCCAGCUGACAGAAUUAUACAUGCAUCAACGUAUUUAAAAGGCCGGGCUGCCUCCUUUUUCGCGCCAACGCUACUCGAUUAUCUUGACAAUCCUGCUGCCGAGCAAAAGAAGGAGACACAAGAGAUCUUUGCCGAUUUUGAACGCUUUGAAGCAUAUAUGAGUCUAUAUUUUGGGACGGCCGAGGAUAGACGGAAUCAUCCCUACACUGCUGUAUAA